AUGGCCAGGCACGCCAAGACGGACUCCGACGUGACGAGCCUGGCGGCGUCCACGCCGCCGCGGUCCCCGCGCGGCCGCCCGGCCUACUACGUCCUCAGCCCCGCCGCCUCCCACCCGGACGUUCACCUGGGCGCCUCCGGCGGCGUCGCGGGGACCACCCCGGCCGAGUCUCCGCUCCACUACCACUUCCACCACCACCACCGUGGCUCGAGUGGCGGCGUCGGCGGCGGCGCCGGCGCCGGCAUGCACCACUCGCGGGAGUCCUCCACGGGGCGGCUCCUCUUCUCCGACCAGCUCCGCUCCGGCGGCGACGUCGCCGCGGUGGUGAGCGUCCCCUGGCGCCGGCUCGGGCACGGCAGUGGCGCCGGCAGCGUCGGGGACGACGACGACGAGGACGCGUCCCUGAUGCGCGGCGGCGGCUUCGCGGAGUCGCCGUGGCGGUGCUACGCGCUCGGCGCGUUCGCGUUCGUCGCCGUGUUCGCCUUCUUCAUGCUCGUGCUGUGGGGCGCCAGCAGGUCGUACAAGCCUCACGUCGUCGUCAAGAGCGUGGUGUUCGAGUCGUACCACAUCCAGGGCGGCACGGACCGGACGGGCGUCCCGACGAAGAUGAUGUCCGUGAACGCGACGGUGCGGCUGCGCUUCCGCAACCGGGGCACCUUCUUCAGCCUGCACGUCACGGCCACGCCGUUCCUCCUCUUCUACGGCGACCUCACCGUCGCCUCCGGAGACAUGGCGGAGUUCUACCAGCCGCGGAAGAGCGGGCGGAUGGUGACGGUGUCCGUGGUGGGGAAGCAGGUCCCGCUCUACGGCGCGGGCGCCAGCCUGCACAGCAAGCCCAACAACGGCCGCCUCGGCCCCGCGGUGGUGCCCGUCCGGCUCGGCUUCGUGCUGCGCGCGCGCGCCCACAUCCUCGGCCUCCUCGUCAAGUCCAAGUUCUACCGCCGCGUGCACUGCCGCCUCGACAUCCGGGAGGCGCACCUCGGCAGGCCCGCCCGCGGCGUCGCCUCCGGCUGCGAGUACCACGACGGGCUCCGAUGA